AAAUCCAUAUUUUAGCGAAUAUCCACAGUAAUUCAGAACUAUUGCUUUCCAGAGACUGGAAUAAUGCUAACUAAUAAGCCGGUGUCUGGCCAUCCGCUGAAUCCAUAUGAAAAUACUCAAUGCAAAAUACCGGUUUUCGAUUUCCACGGGAUCUGUUAAUUCUUGUUUAACUUUCACCUCCGCCAUGGUCGAAGAGUAAAAGUUAUCGAAAUGUAAUGAUGACGGCAAAACUAUAUGGCUAACAAACUAACAAACGUUAGCCUGAAUACUUUCGGCAGAAACCCAGAGCAAACCUCGCUUUGCAUCAACAUUCGACACGCUAACGCCGGGUCCUCCAUCGAUGAGUCGCAUCUGAGUUUAGUAGUCUGAUUCAUGCCUGUUCGCAAUGGCGCUGUUGCUAUGGGGAGAUUAGAGCAAUAGGCGUUGUUGUAGCGUUGCUUAGAUACGCAUACGCGGACUCGCAUACGCUGUGUUACUGUAUAGCUAUAUGGAUUAACCUUAGGCAUUACUUCGCUACAUGUUGCAACCAAAGGAAAUACAUGAAUAAAUUUUUAAAACAGGUGAUAUAAUAACGAGUAAUGAACUAAAUUUGUCAGCUACCAUUACUCCCUCAAACAUUGUUUACCAACUGGAAAACCCACAAUCUGCAGAGUUUUAAUAGCAUCAGCUCCCGGUAACCAUGACAGCAGGCUCCAUAUUUGUACCACAAAUUAUCCCCAUUCGGGUGCCCCCGCCUGGGAAAGCCAAGAAUCACAUCGACACAACAACGCCUGUCGAAAUAAAGUCUGAUUCCAGAGACGUGAGUAUCUUCUACACGGUGGACGGCAGUAAGCCGGUGCCGGUGAAGAAGCCCGGGUUCGGAGAGAACACCACGAUGAAGUACCGCGGCCCUGUGCACCUGCCCGAGGGGAAGGUGUCUGUCAGAGCACUGGCUGUUAGCAGCGAUGGCAGAGAGAGCGCCAUUGUCACCAAGCUCUUCCUGGUGGACUACGUCCCCAUGGAAACCAUAGAGUCCACUGAGGACAACGAGGACAACUUCCUGCGACAGUACAUCCGAGACGUGGGCCCGCAGGAGGCCCAGGGCAGGAGCUCUGCGUUUAAUCUCUCCGGAAGCCUGAGGAGCGCAUGGGAGGACACCACCAGGAGCUUCCAAGGGGUGAAGGUUCAGGGCAGGUCACCGAAGGGUCGGCGUUUCCAUUUGGGGCCCCCCUCCCCCAAACUGAAGCACUCCUCCACCCCCACCCCACACCACAGCCAGGAGCAGACCGAGGCGCAAGGGGAGGUCCUGUGGAAGAGUCUGACCAGGCUGGACAUCUCCCGACUGCUGAAGGAAACAGACUUCCUCAGGUGUCCCCAGUGCCUGUCCCCUCGUCCCUCAGACCCUUUUGCCCGGUUCUGCCCCCAGUGUGGCACCCCGGUGCCCCCCCUCCCGGAGCAGAGGCUACCCCCCACAGAGGGGGGGCAGAUGCGGCUGUGUGUCCACUGCAAAAUGAUGGGGCCCCUGAGCUCCCCCGUCUGUGUGGUCUGUGAGGCCCCCAUGGGCCCCCAGCCACUGCCUCAAGCCAGCCUGAGACUCACGUCUUUUCCUCAGGACAAGGUGAUCUGCCCGUCAUGUGGAGCAGGACACCCAGCCAACCUCACCUACUGCGCCGUCUGUGAGACCAGGCUGCCCGAACCGCCCACUGCUACCCUUGGGGGAGGGCGUGCCCCUCCCCUGCCCAGUUCAGACGGGAGGAUGAUAUUCUGCUCCAACUGCAGCAGGGUCAACAACUGCGACGCCCGCUACUGUGACUGGUGUGGGGCCAAGCCGGGUCACCCCGCUCCGUGUCUGGCGUGUUCGCGCUGCGGGGCCAACAGCGAGCGUUACGCCACGUACUGCGGCUCCUGCGGGGCCUUCCUGGAGGGGCCCGUCAGAGUCAGCGCUGGGGCCUCCUACUCAGCAGGGGGCGCCAUGCUGCAGAGCUCUUCCCUGCGCUCGGAGGGUGUGAGCUGGCUGCCCGUGCCCCUCCCUCAGCCCCCCCCGAUCCCCCCUCCCUGCUCAGACCAGCACACGCAGACGGUCGGGCUGUUCUACCCCUCAGGCACGGAGCUUCAGAAGAAGGGCCAGCAGGUGGCGCUGGAGCUGACCCGGCAGGAGCAGAUGAGGGACCGACGACCCCUGCUGACCCCCAUCAGCCCCGGCAGAGGGUACUGGAGGAAGCAGCUGGAUCACAUCUGUGCACACUUCCGCAGCUACACUCAGAAUAACGCAGAGUUCAGAACGCUGGUCGGCGAGCCGCGGAUGGGCAAGCUGCUCUCAGCCACUGUGCAGGAGGAGAGCGAUGAGGUCAGCGUGAGGAUCAACUUCGUCUCAGCAGGAUCUGAGAGGUCAAAGGGAGGGGAGAAGGGGAAGUCCGCUAGCCAGUCGGAGCUCCUCCCCCAGAACAGUGUGACGGACAGCCUACCCAGCCAAUCAGCGUGUGAGCACAGCGCCCCCUGUGGAGACUCCAGGAAGGACAGGAAGCAGCGACGGGCAACCCGGCUGCAGGAAGAGGAGGAGACUCUGCUGCAGUCCAAGGACACGCAGCUCCUGUCCGAGCUGGGCCCCGGGGGCCGGGGCCGGGGGGCCGUGGUGCAGCAGCUCCUGGAGGAGGGUGCUGACCCGUCGUGUCGUGGCUAUGACGGACGCCCCGCCCUCACGGUCGCCGUGAUGAACCUGCGUCACGAGCUCCUCCCCCUGCUGCUGCACCGGGGCGCCGACGUCGACCAGCAGUCUGGACCGGUGAAUAACUCGGCUCUGCACGAGGCAGCUGCUCUUGGGAAUCAGGCGCUUCAGUGUGCUGAGAUUCUGCUGGGCUUCAGCGCCAGCAUCCGGCAGCGGAACGGCCGCGGGCAGACGGCGUACGACCUGGCGGUGCGGUCGGGCUGCGGCCCGCUGGUGUCUCUGAUCGCCGCGCGCACCGGCCAGGGCCUGCUGGACAAACUGGCCAAGCCCCGGAACCCCGUCAGCCUGGACACCUUCUGACCCGGACCAGAACCGCCCGGACACCUUCUGACCCAAACCAGAACCGCCCGGACACCUUCUGACCCGAACCGCCCGGACACCUUCUGACCCGAACCAGAACCGCCCGGACACCUUCUGACCCAAACCGCCCGCUUCUGACCCGAACCAGAACCGCCCGGACACCUUCUGACCCAAACCGCCCGCUUCUGACCCGAACCAGAACCGCCCAGACACCUUCUGACCCAAACCCACAAGCCCCAUCACACUGGACACCUUCUGCCCGGAUCUGACCCGGGACAGAUCAUCUCGACAGGUUCUGAUCUGGGAUAGUGCCGUUUGAAACCCAGGAGAGACGGCACACUCGUGUGGAUGAUUUAUGAGAUUUACACAGACCCUGCUGAUCGUGCUCUGCUCCAGACCUCUGCAGGGAUGUGUGUGGAAACCAGAGAGCCACGACCUGCAGCUCUCCAGGGCCAGGGUGGAGGACCCCUCAGUGUGAGCCCAACUGCUUCCAUUAAAUCCCCAAAACCGUGUGCUGAAGAAUUACUCAAUGAUAGGACUGGGUUUAGUGUUGUACUGUCACUGACACUCCUUUAGCGUCCAUGUCGCUCAACGCUGUCGUGUGUCAGGGGCACUAAAGGACACCUAAAGGAGCUACAGAGAGUCACUUCUGUAUUUAACCAGUGAGCAGCGUAUUUUACAGUAUGAUCCCGUCACUGGAAUGCUUUUCUCUCUUUUGUCUUUUUUAAAACUCUUUUGUGAAAUGAUGUUGACAUCAGAGAGGGCCACAAUAAAACUUG